AUGGGCGGCCCGGCAGUGGUGCAAGCGCUGGCAGAUGCGGAGGCGGCGCAGUCCGAGCUGCGCAGGCAGAUCCUGCAGCUGGAGCGCCAGCUUGCCGAAGAGCGCGGCGAGCAUGCGGCGGCGCUGCGGCAGGUGGCGCAGCGCCGCGUCGCCGCCGAGCUGGCGGCAUCCCCGCCGAGGCGGCAGCUCACUCACCCGCCGCCGCAGCAGCUGCAGCAGCAGCAGGAGCAGUUGCUGCUGAUGCAGCAGCAGCAGCAACAGCAAAAGGAGCAGCAGCAGCAGCAGCAGCAGCAGCAGCAGCAGCAGCAGCAGCAGCAGCAGCAGCAGCAGCAGCAGCAAAAGCUUGAGCAGCAGCAGCAGGAGAAGUUGCUGCUCAUGCAGCAGCAGGAGCAGCAGCAGCAGGAGCAGCUGCCGCAAGAGCAGCAGCAGGAGCAGCUGCAGCAAGAGCAGCAGCAGCAGCAGCACCAGCAGCAGCAGCACCAGCAGCAGCAGCUGCAGCAGCCAGGUGAGGCGCCUCCACCCGCCCUGGGGCUGUCCCACGGGCGGCCGGCGUGUGAGGCGGACGCACUGCAGGCCCAGCUGUCCGCGUCAUCGGCCGCCCUAUCCGAAGCCCGUCAGCAGCUGCUAGCUGUGCAGGCCGACACGGCCGCGUCCCUCGCAGCGCUGCAGCAGCAGCUGCGCGCGAGGGACGCGGCAGCCUCCGGACUGCACCUGCAGCUCGUCGCCGCAGCCGCCAGGGCGCAAGAGGCCGAGGCCGAGGCGGCGGCGCUGCGGGAUGCGCUGCGGGUAGCGCAGGCGCGGCAGGGGCCACCGCAGCGUGACUACGUGGCCGGGGAGGGGGGCCCGGCACAGGCGGAGGCAGGGUGUGACAAAGAGUUUGAGCCACAGCCGCUGCAACUGGAGCAGCAGGAGCAGGGGCAGCUGGAGAUCAAGGAAAAGUUGGAUCAGCAGCAGCAGCAGCAGCAGCAGCAGCAGCAGCAGCAGCAGCAGCAGCAGCAGCAGCAGCAGCAGCAGGAGCAGCAGGAGCAGCAAAUGCACCAGCAAACAGGGGAGGAAUCAGACAGUGGCAAUGAGGUGGACAUAGGAGCAGAGCAGCUGCCCGGCACGCCCGACGCCUCAGCUGGGCGCGUGCUCGCGCCGAGCGAGGACAGCGGCAGCAACCGCGAGAGCAGCAGCAGCGGUAGCACUGGCGACAACAGCAGCACCGGCGGCAGCGCCGGCGGCGCCGGGAGCGCCGGCGGCGUCGGGAGCACCGGCGGCGCCAGCUGUACCAAUGCGCCAGACAUGCUCACAGCUGCAGCUGCAGCAGCCGACGUUGAGGCGGGCGUGGGUGUGGGCCAAAGCGUGGAUGACAGCCACACAGCCGCAGAGGCUCCAACACAGAUGCGCGGCGUUGCUGGCAUGACCGCCGUGAUGGACGGCGGAGCGGCGGACCCACUUGAAGCGCCCGCCGCGUCCGUAGGGGCAGAUGGUGCGGCCCCGACCUGCGCCGCGCAGCAGGGCCCUGCUGAGGAGGGUGCCGCCGACCGCGCAGCCGAUGGCGCCGCGCCGCUGCUGCCCGCGGCGACGCCCCCGCGCUCGCCCGCCGCCUCGCCGGCGGCCUCCCCCAGAGCCGCGCGGUCGGCCGCCCUGCCGCCCCCGGCGCCCUCGCCGCGCAGCGCCGGCAGGAUGCGGGCGCCGCUGGCCGACGUUUUGAAGCUUUGGAAAGCGCCCUCCGCCGCGGGCGGCGUGGCGGCGAUCGCGCUGGCUGCGGCCCCCCUCAACGCCCCGCCGUCCCCCAACGACCGCCCGCCGGUCCCGCGGCGCCCCGCGUCGCCGCCGCCGGAGGCGGCGGCCGGCGAGCUGCGUGUGGGCGCGUGGGAUGCGGAGGGACGCGAGGCUGCGCCGGCGCAGACCGAGGCCGAGCUGCGGCGGCAGCUGCAGGAGGCGCGCGACCAGGCGGAGAAGCUGCGUGCCGAGAAGCUUCACCUGACGCGCCAGCUGGCGGUCGCCAACGAGCUGCUGGCGCGGAUGCAGCACCUGACGCAGGCGCUGCAGUCGAUCAGGCGGCGCAGCAGCAACGCGAGCAACGCGUGA